AUGGACCGUUUAUCUUCUCAACCUGUGAUAUCUAAAUGGAGCAAUCAAUCUGAUUUUUUAUAUAAUUAUAACACUGCUUAUAUGCCCAUGAGAAAUGAUGCUAACACAAUGAUUUUGGCUGUUCGAGUUCAAAAUUUGUUACCCAAUGCGAAAACAAUUUAUGAUGUUGCACCAAGUAAAAUCGCAAUUAGUAAAAGUAUCGAUGGUAAUCAGUUAAAAUACACAUAUAUACGUGAAGAAGAUGUUAUCAUUGAUCCUGAUGAUCAACCUUAUCAAAAUACGGGUGCAGAAGAUCCACGUAUUGUAUUGUACAACAAUACUUAUUAUUUAUUUUAUACGGCUGUUAGUAAAACGGAAACAGGUGAUUGGCGAGCUCAACUGGCAUUAGCAACAUGCAAUACAACUAGUGACCCAUUGAAAAAAGAAUCAUGGCAAUACCAUGGACCACUUUUCGCUGAUUAUUUUUGGAGUAAAAGUGGUUCACUUUUGAUUCAUAAUGAAACAUAUAGUUAUCUUUUAUUUAAUGAUUCAAAUGUCGCCGUUGCUGUUUCUAAAGAUUUCAUACAUUACGAACAUACAGGUAAUCUGUUAUUUGAUGUACGAAAUACUCAUUUUGAUUCAGAAUUAGUAGAAGCUGGACCGGAACCAUUGCGUUUAAGUGAUGGUAACUACUUGUUUCUCUACAAUUCUGCUCGUCAAACAACGAUACCGAAUCCAAAACCUGGCUGGAGACUGGAAUAUAAUUUAGGUUGGGUAAUUCUAGAUGGUAACGAUCCGUUGAAUGUUCUUGCACGUAGCGAAGAGCCCAUCUUCUCUCCUGAGCUUGAUUGGGAAAGAUGUGAUAAUGAAUCUGGAGAUUGGAAAGAUCUUGGAUUAACACCGUUGGUGGUGUUUGUUGAAGGUUGGAAACAAAUAGAUGAAAAUCGAUUUUUAGUAUGGUAUCAAGGAUGUGAUUCGACAACGGGUUUAGCAGAGUUAAAAGUUGUUUUUUGA